CAGUUCGCGACAUGGCGCGGCCGCUGACGGUGCUGGUGCUGCUGCCCGUGCUCCUCGCCGGGCUCCUCUCGUGUCCCGGUGCCGCCGCCAGCUACCCGCCGGACUGCUCCAAGUAUCAUUUGUCUGGUUGUCCAAGGGACUUCCAUCCAGUUUGUGGCACUGAUGGAGAAACCUACGGAAACGAGUGUGUGCUCUGCCUUUCAAACAGGGAAGAAAACAAGAAUGUUGAAAUUUUCCAAGUGGGAUCUUGCGACAUGGCAGAUGGCAAAUUUUCAAGAAAAUGAGAGGGAUACAGAUGGUCCAAAUGGAAACAGUUCUUUAAAUGUACCUUCUAUGUAGCCUGUCUUAAUAAACAAGCUUGCAUGUUUAAA